CGAUCAGAUCACAUAGGCUACCAAUUUGGCACAUUUAAGCACAAUCGAAAGUCCCUCUUUGGAUACAUCUGUGCGUUCUGCAAAUGCAGGCCAUCAAAUGCGUUGUGGUCGGCGACGGUGCCGUGGGUAAGACCUGUCUGCUCAUCAGUUACACCACCAAUGCCUUCCCAGGGGAGUACAUCCCCACCGUCUUUGACAAUUACUCUGCCAAUGUUAUGGUGGAUGGCAAACCAGUCAACCUGGGCCUUUGGGAUACAGCGGGACAGGAAGACUAUGACCGUCUCAGGCCUCUCUCUUACCCUCAGACGGACGUGUUCUUGAUAUGCUUCUCCUUGGUGAGCCCCGCCUCCUUUGAGAAUGUCAGAGCGAAGUGGUAUCCUGAGGUACGCCAUCACUGCCCCAACACUCCCAUCAUCCUGGUGGGCACCAAACUUGACUUGCGGGAUGACAAAGACACCAUUGAGCGCCUGAGAGACAAGAAACUGGCCCCCAUCACGUACCCCCAGGGCUUGGCUAUGGCACGUGAAAUUGGUGCAGUGAAGUACUUGGAAUGCUCCGCCCUUACUCAGCGUGGUCUCAAGACAGUGUUUGAUGAGGCCAUCCGCGCUGUGCUCUGUCCUCCACCUGUCAAGAAGCGGGGAAAGAAGUGCACAGUGUUCUGAGGCAGCCCACCAGGGGGCGCCAGUGUUCGUGCCAUUGUUCUUUAAGGGGACUGCU